AUGUUAACUUCAUCAAUUCCUGCCGACUUAAAAAAUCUUCAAUCUGUAAUUAAUGCUCGUCGUUUUUAUGAGACCUGCAUAAAUGAAACAGUGAUAGAAUCCGAGUCUAUCAAUGUAAUACUGAGUAUCGUUAAUGAUCUCGGUGGAUGGCCAAUCUUACAAGGUUCAUCAUGGAAUAAAACAUCAUUUAAUCUUACAAAUUUAUUAAUUCGAUUACGUGAAUAUGGUUACAAUAUGAUAUUUGGUUUUGGUACAUCGAAUGAUGAUAAAAAUUCUUCAACUAAUUUUAUUCGAUUUUAUCAAAGUGAUAUUGCUCUUGCACAACGAUCAAAUUAUCUUAAUGAAACAAAAGUUACCAGAUCUUACAGACAGUUUAUUCAAGAUGUAGCUUCAGCGCUAGCAGCUGGUAGAAUAGUAAAUUCUAGUGAAGUUGACGAUAUUUAUAAUUUUGAAAAACUUAUUUCAACUUUUCAUUGGACACCAGCUGAACAACGUGCUAGACAAAAUGAAACAAUUCGUACAACAGUUGGAAGUCUUUCACAAACAUUUAAUACAAGUUUUGGAUUUACGAAUUAUAUUCGACAUAUAUAUUCUUUAUCAAAUGUUUCUUUAAAUGAUAAUGAUAUUGUAUCAGUUAGUGAACUUGAAUUUUUACGUAAUGCAUCAUCGAUUAUUGAUUCAUCUUCUCGACGUGUACUACAAAAUUAUAUUAUAUGGCGUUUUAUUAUGAGCAGAAUAUCAGAUAUGCCUAAGCGUUAUCGGGCCCUAAAAGAUCCAUUUGAUGAAGCUUAUCGAGGUACUGUUGCUCAACGUCCACGUCCAAUAACAUGUGGAAAUUAUAUUAAUAGUAAUAUGGGUUUCGCUCUUUCAAAAAUUUAUAUAAAACAAUAUUUUGAUGAAAGCGCGAAACAGCAGGUAUUGUAUUUAACUCUUUAA